CCCAAGCCAGAGCUUCGGGGCAUUUAUUCAAUAAUCUUAAAGCCCCAACAGCUCUGUAUACUUCUUAAUAACAUUGAUUAGGUUUUUAUUUCCUCCAAUUUUGUUUCUCUUCUUGAUCAUAUUCUCCUAAAAAAAACAAGAAGAUUGGUGGUUUUGUAGCUUAAACUAAGACUAACGCAGAUGGCUGGUGGCGGCGCCGGAGAUCCAACCGGGAAGAAAAAGAAGUAUGCCAUUUUUGGCGUCGCAUCAUUUCUUCUGGUGGCUAUGGUGAUUGCUGUGGCAUAUGGAAUCAACAGCGGCGACCACCAAAAUGGCUCAAACGCUUCGGCCGAAAUAUCCACGUCGUCGAAGUCAGUCCAGGCUAUCUGCCAACCUACGGAUUACAGAGAAAUCUGUGAAAAAAGUCUUAGCAAAGCCGCAGGUAACACCACCGAUCCUCACAAGCUUGUCCAGGCCGGCUUUCAGGUGACCAUUGAUGCUCUUCAACAAGCCUUACAGAACUCAUCCACAUUAAAAGAUGUAGCAAAAGAUCCAAUGGCAAAACAAGCGCUUGAUAAUUGCAAAGAAUUAAUGGACGACGCCAUUCAUGAUCUCAAGGUUUCCUUCGAAGAAGUUGAACACUUUGAUGUUAAUAAAAUGGAUGAGUAUCUGGCAAAUCUCAAGACUUGGCUUAGCGCCACCAUCACUUAUCAACAAACUUGUUUGGAUGGCUUUGACAAUACUACUGGUCCAGCCGGAGCCAAAAUGAAGGAAAUCCUAACUCUUUCUAGUCAACUUAGCAGCAACGGUCUUGCUUUGAUCACUGGUCUCUCUUCCACGCUUAAGGAUUUGAACCUUGCAGGAUUUACAGGACGUAGACUGUUGAAAGAUAACUCUGAGUUUCCUUCCUGGUUGUCCCAUGAAAAAAGGAGACUACUUGCACAAACUCCAGACACAAUUAAGCCUGAUAUCGUUGUUGCUAAAGACGGGAGUGGCCAAUACAAGACUAUUAAUGAAGCUGUUCACAAGAUUCCCAAGAAGCAAAACACAACAUUUGUUAUAUAUAUAAAGAAAGGUAUCUACAAGGAGCAAGUCACCAUCUCAAGGAGCUUGACCCAUAUUAUGAUGAUCGGUGAUGGUGCUACUAAGACAAAGAUCACCGGAGACCUCAACUAUGCUGCUGGUGUCCAAACAUUCAAAACAUCAACUGUUUCGGUGAGUGGAAGCCACUUCAUAGCCAAGGACAUUGGCUUUGAGAACACAGCAGGAGCUAUUGGACACCAAGCUGUGGCACUUAGAGUUCAAUCUGAUAUGUCUAUUUUCUACAAUUGCCAAAUGGAUGGCUACCAAGAUACCCUUUAUGCUCACACCCACCGUCAGUUCUACCGGGAUUGCACCAUCACAGGCACUAUUGACUUCAUCUUUGGUGACGCCGCCGCAGUCUUCCAGAAUUGCAAGAUUGUUGUCAGGAAGCCAUUGGAAAAUCAAAAUUGCAUUGUGACUGCUCAAGGAAGGAAUGAAUCACGCGAAGCCACAGGUUUUGUUCUCCAAAACUGCAAUAUCACCGCAGACCGAGAGUAUUAUCCUGUUAGAUUCGAGAACAAGGCCUAUCUUGGUCGCCCAUGGAAAGAGUACUCAAGGACUGUAUACAUGCAAUGUCAAAUCGAUGAUUUGAUUGACCCAAAGGGAUGGUUGCCAUGGAUGGGUUCUUUUGCUCUUGACACUCUCUCUUACUCCGAGUACGAAAAUAGAGGACCUGGUUCAGUCACCAAGGACAGAGUUACAUGGAAGGGUAUCAAGAAAUUGUCGGCACAGGAUGCUGAUGCUUUCACUGUUGCUAAAUUCAUUGGCGGAGAUCUUUGGAUUCCGGACACCGGCAUCAGUUAUGCUUCUGGAAUGAUGAACGUGUAAAGGAGAAUUAUUAAAGGAGGAGAUCGAAAUUUAUUGAUUGUAGUAGUUUUUAUGUUAAGUUGUACCUCUGCUUGCCAAAGCCCAACUUAUCUAAGAACAUAUUUUAUAAAAAAAUAGAAAUUAAAAAGUUUUUUGGCUUUUUUUUU